GAGGAGCCGUUCAGGUGUUGCCAAAUAUUGUAGCAACAUUGGGUGGCGAGUUCUUUGGGAGCUGCUGGCGGGAGCAAGAUGCACGGGAGGCUUCCCAGUUUGACCGUGCCCAGGAAGGCAGAUAGUGAGGUACUUAUGACUCCAGUUGCUGCAGAUGAAGUUCUGCACAACAGCAGUCUUAUCCAGCAGCUGACUAUGGCAGCAAAGGAUGCAGCUCUUCUCCAUGGAGUUCUCAUGAGGACGAAAGAGGAACCAUCUAGCAGUGAGACAACUAGCUAUGCGCCAUUUAGUCUCUUCCCAUCACCUGUACCGAAGAAACUGUUCACGCAGGCAUGUGAGGUUCAACAAGAUUUUAAUUUGCUGGUUGACCGAAUAAGCCAGGACUCUGAAUUUCUAACCAAAGUGCUAGCAAGCACUGUGGAAGUGGAUGAUUUUACAGCGGGCCUCUUCAGGAUCUAUAAAGAAGUGCUGAAAGAAGGUAUUGCCCAGCCAAUUACUUUAGGUAUAAACAGAUCUGACUACAUGUUUGACAGAGGACUUGAUCACAAUGUUUCCUUAAAACAAAUAGAAAUUAAUACCAUUGCUGCUAGUUACGCAGGACUGGCUGAGCGGGUCCCAGAUGUGCAUAGGCAUGUUCUGAACUUUUGGGGAAAAUCCGACGAAGCUGCUAAGAUCUUGAGUAAUCCUGCUGUAAAAGGCAUUGCUGAAGGAAUCGCAAAAGCGUGGCAAUUAUAUGGAUCACCAGAGGCAGUGGUUCUCUUCGUAGUUGAAAAGAUCUCCAGGAAUAUCUUUGACCAGCGAUGCUUGGAAAUGGAGCUGUGGAAUAAAAAUAUUCGUGUAAUUAGGAGACAGACUGUGGACAUACACGAGAGAGGGUCCCUGAAUGAAGAGAAGAAACUUUUUGUAGAUGGAUAUGAAGUUGCAGUGGCUUACUUUCGCACUGGAUACAGCCCAGAAGAUUACCAGGAUGAAGAUUGCUGGGAAGCACGGUUAUUGAUAGAACUUUCCAAAGCGAUUAAAUGUCCCGAUAUUGCCACCCACCUCGUGGGAACGAAGAAAGUCCAGCAGGAGUUAGCACGCAGUGGCGUGGUAGAGAAAUACUUAACCGAGUGUCCAAAAUCCGUUGAGCGAAUCCGUGCUACGUUUGCUGGCCUGUACAGCAUCGAUGAGGGUCCUGAAGGUGAUGAAAUAAUAAAGAAAGCGGUGGAUGAUCCGGAAGGAUUUGUGCUAAAGCCACAGCGGGAGGGAGGAGGAAAUAAUAUUUUUGGGGAAGAGCUGCGGCAGCUCCUUGGAGCCAUUAAAGAUGGACCAAAGAGAUCAGCUUAUAUCCUGAUGGACAGGAUCAAGCCUCAGACUGUGAAGAACUAUCUACUACAUCCAGGAGCACCUUUGAAACUGUCAGACUGCGUGGUUGAGCUGGGUGUAUUUGGGGUCUACAUCAGGAAGUGCCGGAAGCUGGUCAUGAAUGAAAGCCCUGGCCAUCUACUUCGCACAAAGAGCACAGAGUUUGCAGACGGAGGAGUAUCUGCUGGUGUGGCAGUUCUGGAUACACCCUAUCUCAUCUGAAUUACAGACGGUGUCAAAACAGAAUAAUAUCAUUAUUGGGGUAGAGUGCUGACAAUUCUAAAGUACAUUCCACCGCCUCCCAGGCCUUACCCCUCUGCCUCCACCUCCCACCAAAUUCUGCACCCCAGUCAAUGAAUGGACUUUCCACAAUCCACCCAGGGUGUCUUUUCCUCAGAACUGUGGGGUGGUGGGGAGUUGUGAACAAUAAAACUGAAUGCACAAGCAAGUGAUUUAUCCAUCAUUCUUCCUUCUGAUCUUCCUUACCUAAUUUCUCAGGGAGAAACAGUGAGCUGUGUGCCAAUGCUCUGUUCCUCAGACUGCAUUCUACUCAACCUUAGCCGUUUCUAAUCACGUCAUACAGCACAGAAGCAGACCCUUCGGUCCAACCAGUUCAUGCUGAAUGUAAUCCCAAACUAAACUAGUCCCACCUGCCUGCUCCUGGCCCACAUCUCUCCAAGCCAUUCCUAUUCAUGAACUUAUCCACAUGUGUUUUAAAUGUUGCAAUUGUGCACAUAUCCACUAAUUCCUCUGGAAGUUCAUUCCACACGCAAACUAUCCUCUGUGCAAAAAAAAGUUGUCCCUUUUGUUUUUUAAAUACAUUUCCUCUCACCAUAAAAACAUGCCUCCUAUUCCUGAAACCCUAGGGAAAAGACCUACCGUUAACCCUAACUAUACCCCUCAUAAUUUUACAACGCUCUGGAAGGUCAACCCCUGACUCCACACUGAAUGAGAUCCCAUCAUGCGAUUUGUUGAUGUCCCAAAUACAUAACAAUGUCACUGACAUCACUCUGUUUCUGUUUUCUGUUGCGUGACCUAUCAGCAGACUUAAUUUAUUUUUCAGUAAAUCCCUAAUCCUCCCAGCUGGUCGUUUUCAUAAUUCUGUCCAAUAUAAUUAUUUCUUUCUUUUGAUUUACUCUCAGGCAAUGGAGUUAUCUAGCGCUGCCAGUGGUUAAGAAUUGACUUUUUAAAAAUAUGGUGCUUUAAACUGAAACGAAUUUCAAUGUGCAGAAGGAGCAAUGUUGGUGGAGGGAGGACCAUAAUGGAAGAAGUGAGAUGGUCAUUUUUAGACUAAAGAACAGCUGAAGUGUCAGUUAUGACUUACGGUAAUCACACAAUAGUUCCAUUUUGUUUCUCUCAAUGUUUGACCACUAUCCCGUUGAUUAAAUCUGUAAAGAUGUGUUAAUUACUCAGCUAUAGAAAACUGGAUUGAGAGGUAGUCAGUUUUAGCUGGUCAUAUGCGGUUUUACCUCUGACUGCUGUUCUUCAACUCUGGUUCCUUUUUGUCAACAUAAUUCAGACAACAAUGCUGACCUAGCCACAGUAUAAAACAAGUGUAAGGCAACCUGCAACCUUUUGAAUCAUUAAUGGAAUUUUUAAAUGGACUACUUUCUCCAGGAAGUCACAAACAGGUUUGAGUUUGAGUCUGUGGGCAGCAGUAAGCCUCUUGCUUAACCCUCACCAACCUAUUGUACAAAUUAGGAGAUUGCACUGAAACUAAUCUCGCUCGCUGCUUCACCUCAUUCCUGUCCCCCCAACCCCUUUUUUAAAAAAAAAGCUUUGCAGCAAAGUUUAAUCUUGUGCUUUUAGUAUAACCAAUUGACAGCAGCAUUUAAGCAUACUGGGAUCAGGGGAAAGAAUGGCCUACUUCUACUUUUUUUCAUGUAGAAGAGCCUCGUUCAGCCCAAUUUGCCCUUCCAACUUUAAUCGCUUUUGAAACUUUGUACUUCCAACUUUUCAAGCAGCAUAUUCCAAUAACUGCUCAUUCUGCUCAUCUGUCUCUGCCUGUUCCUUUAAUUAUGCCUCUUGGGUUAUUGAGUAUUUCCUAGUGAAAGAAGCUUCUUACUUUAUUUCUUUCACUUUUUGUCUCUGUCACAUGGUCGCGCUCUCUUUCCCCUAACUGGGGAUUUGUGUGUCUUUACCAUGAAGGUGUUGUUUUUGCAUUCUGUCUCUAUUUAUAAAGUCAUAAAUUCUGUGUGUUUUAUAUAAUAACCUUCUCAACUGAUCCUGUCAUGUUAAAGUAUUUGUAAGUUAACAUUCUCCACCACUACCCCCAAAGUCCCUCUUUAGCUGCAACCUUUUAAAAUUGUUAGUGAAAUUUUUAAUAUUUUCUUCAGGAAGUUAUGAACAGGUUUGAGUUUGAUUCAGUGGGCAGCCAUAAGGUUCUAUUGCUCAACUCUGGCCAACAGAUUGCAAAAAUAAAAAGUAGGAGAUUGCACUAAAACGCAUCACACUGUCUCUCUGCCUCACCUCAUUCCUGCCCCACCACCCUUUUCUUAAAAAUAGUCCUCCAGUGUAUAAACGUUGUGUGACAUAGCUAAUGGAAAUCUGCACUGUUUUGAAUUUCGGUGUAUAAACAAAAUAGCUGUUGUUCAUAUAAAACCUGUGUUGCUGAAAGACAUUUUGUCAAGCUUUUUGUCUUGCACUUAUCAGGACAAUUCACAAGAAUGCCAUGUCAAAGGGAAAAAAUCUGCAUGAGGAAGUGACAAGUGGACCAUGGUAGAGGUGUUACAAUGGAGAUUGCACCCCUCAACAGUGGUUGACAGUUAACUGCCAAACUUUUGGUUUAAAUUUUAAACCAUUCAGAAUGGCUUUGCUCAGGGUUUCACCCUGGGGAAUGAACCGGGGAAUGAACUGGCUGUCACCUAUUUCAUUUGAGUUGAAAUGGGCUCUGUGUGCACUUGUUCUUUCGGUUUGCCUGUAUAUUAACACGGGUCGGGAAUCCUUAAUCUAAAAACCAGGUUUUCAGGUAAACAAUAUUUUUGGUUUUUACUUGCACUUAAAUGUUAUAGAUCCAUUUGAGUUGGUUUUUAGGUUCAUUCAAUUUUCAACAUGUGGAUAAAGGAUACCUGACCUGUAUUUGCAGCUUCCAGUCUGUAGUUAACUGUCUGCCAUAAAUAAGUGGCACAUUCUCAAUGGCAAAUCUGCCAAGUCCGCUUAUUCACCAGUCAACACCUGCCUCUCGUGUAGCAUAGGUGUUGGCUUCCCCGUUGAGUUGGUAUUCUUGCAAAUGGUCCUCAUGAGUACAAGACUAAAAUGUUUCAACAAAAUGUACCCUGUCUUUGGCAAUAACUAAAUUUUUCUGUCAAACUCUGUUUACCAUUUGAAGUGACUCUGACAAGAUGCCUUCCCCUGAGCAAUUAAUGGAGCUCAAACUGGAAACCUGCACGAAUUGAGGCAGAGUCAGUGGGGUAGGCUGCAUUGUUUCAGAUUAUUACACCAAAAACAUGUUAGAUAUUUUAUAUGAAAAAUUGUUCUAGAUCUAUUAAUAAAUACACAGUUGAUUUACAA